AUGGCUUUCUGUGGACCACCCUGCCCCCUCCCACCCUGCCCCAUCCCAUCCUGCGCCAUCCCAUCCUGUGCCUCCUGCCCAUCGGUUGGAUUUGGACCUGGUGGUUUGGGGGGACUGGCCUCCAGAAGCUUUGGUCUCCCCUCGGGUCAGCCUGCAAGCAGCCUGGGCACCCUGGAAGGCGUGACCCCUUCCUGCAUCAACCAGAUCCCAGCAGCUGAGGUGGUGAUCCAGCCUCCUCCUGUCAUCGUGACCCUCCCUGGUCCCAUCCUCUCUGCCAGCUGUGACCCCGUCGCCGUCGGAGGCAACACGCCAUGUGCCGCUGGAGGUUACGGCCAAGGGUUGCCCACCGGUCUUCUCGGAGGUGGAUCUCGACAGGGGAGCCGUUACAGAUUUGUCGGUAACAGGGGCAGCAUUUGCUACAUCCCCUGUUAA